CGGCCCCGGGAGCCCUCCUGCAGGCGGCGGCACUGAGUUGCUCUCGGGGACCGUUAGUUGCCGGGUCCCGAUGCAGGGAGCGGGCGGAGCGGCGGCUCGGAGCCCGGGGACAGGCAACGGGCAGCCGGCGGCUGCGGAGGGGGAGCCGGGGGCCCGGGAGAGGGAGCGGGACAACCCGAACCCCGGCAACCGGCGGCGGGACUCGGAGCGGAGAGACUCGCGGAAAAGGCGAGAAAGGAAACGGCUCCUGGAGCUAAACAUGGGGGAGCAGCCGAUUUUCAGUGCACGGGCCCAUGUUUUCCAGAUUGACCCAGCAACCAAACGAAACUGGAUUCCAGCUAGCAAGCAUGCUGUUACCGUCUCCUUCUUCUACGACAGUACACGCAACGUUUAUCGGAUCAUUAGUGUCGGUGGAACUAAGGCAAUUAUCAACAGCACCAUCACCCCAAAUAUGUCAUUCACCAAAACCUCGCAAAAAUUUGGCCAAUGGGCUGAUAGCCGUGCCAACACCGUUUAUGGUCUAGGCUUCAACUCAGAGCAGCAGCUUUCACAGUUUGCAGAAAGGUUUCAAGAGGUUAAAGAAGCUGCACGAUUAACAAGAGAGAAAUCCCAGGAUAAAACUGAGUUAACAAACCCUGCACUGGACAUUGCAGCCCCACAGGAAUUGUCAGGAGAUCUUCAUUCACCUCCAUUGCAACCAGGCAGUGCGAAUGGGAGCAGUGGUCCAAAACUGUACCACUCAGAGAGCUGUGAUGGGGAAGUGAUGCUGGAUAGUGCUCGUCUUAAGACACUCUUCGCCCAGGGCUCUAUUGGGGAGUCACAGUGGGAGUUGGAGCUGUUUGCACUGCAGGAGAGCAACGCGAAGCUGGUUCAGGCACUGCAUGAGUCAAAUGUCACUGUUGAGCAAUGGAAAAAACAGCUGUCAGCUUAUAAAGAAGAGACAGAAAAACUGCGAGACCGGGUUAUUGAGCUCGAAUCACAAGGUGAGGCAGUUGUAACAGUCGCAACUCGAAAUACGGACCUCAGCCAAUCAGUGGAAGAGCUUGAGACGCUGUUAAAGGAAAAGGAAGAGGAGAUCCAGAUGCUGAGAAGCCAGAAGUCUGAUGUAACUGAUUUAGAAAGUGACCGGGAGGAAGCCCUGCUCAGACUUCAGGAAGUUGAGAGCCGGAAUGCUGAUCUGGAGCAGCAGCUACAGGAUGUGGAGCAGACACUGGUUGACUGUGUGAAUGAUCGAGAGAGGAUUCAGUGCGAUGCACGAAAGCUGCUGGAUAUCCUUGACGUCAAGCUUUAUGAAUUGAACGAUUUGCGACAUGGUUUAGCUAAAAUUGCUGAGAAGGAGGAAAAGUCUUGAAAUGUAUGACUGGCCUGAGAGCAGCGCAUCAAUUGUUUCACUUUGAUGUCCGUUGUUCCUCAAUCUCAGCAAUCUCCUCAAUAUCAUCAAUCAAUGAUCCCCAUUCCCAUCAUACUACUUUACAUUCACUUCUGUUUCACCAACUCAGAUGAGGUCACAGGGUCUGAGCAGCAAUAGCACUGACCUCUCAGGUAUUUCUGUGAAUCAGCAUUUCACCGCCAGGUCCAGAAGGUGCAAAUCCAAAGCUGCAGCUUAUCCCUGCCGUGGUUCACUCUUGGCUUCCAAUCAACUAAUUCCUCAAUGGCUGUUUUGCUUAUAUCAAUUACUCUGAAAUGCUUCUUCUGUUCAUUCAAAUCUCCUUUCACAUCUAUAACUGAGUGAGCUUACUGGCCAUUCAGUAAGUGAGCAAAUGGCCCAAUUUCAUUCUCAGAAGACACUUUGUUCAAGAUGACACAACAUGAACUUGAUAAAAUAAACCAGUCAGCAAGACCUACAUCCCUCAUUGUUACACUCUGAUGUACCCCACACCCUUCGCUGGAGCACUCUGAUAUAUCCCCCAUCCCUGUCACACAUUUGACACUACACCUUCAGUCAGAAUUUCAAUCUCAAGUUGGGUUGUGGGUGUUGGGAAAUUGAAAGUAUCUGUAAUGAUGGAUUCCUCAUUGCUGGAGAGCAGAUGAUGGCUGCAGUCAGGCGGGGUGCUCCUGAAGAAAGUUCAGGGCCAGCCAAAGGGCCUGCCAGAUCUUUAAAAGGAGCGGUCUCUCAGUCACCAUAAUAACAGAAAAGCCUUCAUGUUCCCUCACCAGCUCUUCCUCUUCAUGUAUUUCGUCUAUUAGCUCAGGCCCCCAUGGCCCUAUAUGCUGCUUAAUGCCUAGUUAUGAUACCUCAAACAAUCCAUGAUCCUAUGCCAGGCUAUGGCACUUCAAUGUCCAUUCACCCACUACAUAGAAGCAUUGAAGAUUGGAUGUGUAGAAAAAAUGUUGAAGAAAUUAUUUGUUGAUGUUUAAAAAGUUCUCCAUAUUGCAGCCAAUAAAUGUGUCAAACAGAAGAAAUGGGAUUAAGAGCAGAUCAGUUGGUCCCACAAACCUGCUCCGACAUUCAAUCCUAUCACGGGCACUCUGGUUACUCCACAUUCCCAUCAGCCCUAAUAAUUGUUCCCCCCACUGCUCAUCAAGGAUCCAACUACCCCUGCCUUAAAAUGUUCAAAAACUGCUUUCACUGCUUUUUGAGGAAAAUAGAAGGCUUACCAGUAAUAUACAUAAGUUGAGUGAGUGGGCAAAUAUAUGCCAGCUGCAGGCUAAUGUGGAUAAGUAUGGAGUUAUCCACUUUGGGAGGAAAUACUGAAAUGUCAGAAGAUCAUAUAAAUGGUGAUAGAUUGGAUAGAUACAUUGAUGCACAAAGGGACCUAGGUGUCCUUGUACACAAAUCACUGAAAGCAAGAAUGUCGGCGUACUAAGUAGUUAAGAAGGCAAAUUAUAUGUUGGUUUUCAUUGCAAGGGGAUGAGAGUAAAGAAGUAAGUCUUCUUGCAAUUGUACCAGGUUUUGGUGAGACCACACCUGUAGUAUUUAAUGCUGUUUUAGUCUCUACCAAAGUAAGGAUAUACAGUGGCAGCUCAUCAUAUGAGGAGAGAGUGCAUCAACUUUAUUCACGGAGUGUAGAGGCACUCUAAUUGAAACACAGAAAGUUCUGACAUGACUGGAUGUGUUGCCCCCUCUCCCCCCCCCCCCGUCCCGGUUUGGGAGGGGAGUUCUCAAAUAAGGGGUCAUGGUCUCAGGAUACAGGAUAUGCCAUUUCAAUUGAGAUGGGAAGAAAUUUCUUGACUGAAAGGGUGGUGAACCUGUGGAAUUCUCUAACACAAAGCUGUGGUGACGAAGUCACUGAAUAUAUUUUUUUAAAAAUGCUAGAUUUCUAAACACUAAAAGGUAUCAAAUGGCAUAAUGAGAGACUAAGAGACUGCAAUAAGAUGGAGGAUCAGCCAUGACUAUACUGAAUGGUGGACUGUGUUUGAUAGGCCAAAUGACCUAUUACUGUUCCUAUUUUGUAUGUUUCCAGGCUUCCUAAUGAUGACUGACAGUUAACUGUAGAGCUUUCAUUAAAUAGUAAACCAGGCAGAUUGGUACAUUAAUCGGAGGAAUGAAACAAGAAUGUCUGAUAUUACUUAAAUGGCUAUCAUGUAUUUUAUUGAUUCAUCCCAAUUCUAUCUAAAACUAACAGGCCAUUUACUGUCUCUCUCUCUACAGUUGCUGCCAGACCUGCUGAGUUUCUUCAGUACUUUUUAUUUUUAAGCCUUCAAACUGUGUCACUGGUAACUGAUUCACCUGCCACGAAACAGUUCAUCCUUAUUUAUUUCCUUUGUUCUUUAAUGGGAUGUAGGCAUCACUGGCGAGCAUGAUAGCAGCAGCAUUUGUUGCCUAUUCCAAGUUUCAUUUGAACUGUUUUAUGUCUCUCGAUCAUUUCUGAGGACAGCUAGGAGUCAACCACAUUGUUGUGGGUCUGAAGUCACAUGUAAACCAGAUCAUUUAAGGGUAGAAGAUUUCCUUCCCUAAAAGACAUUAUGGAUUUAUAAUAAGCAAUGAGAGCUUCAUGAUCACCAUCACUGAGAAUGGCUCACUAUUCCAGGUUCAUUGAUUGAAUUCAAUCAAUUUACUCUUUCAAUACUCUUUAAAAUGUUGAACAUUUUAAUUAAAACUUCUCUUACUGUUCUCUGUUGCAAAGAGAACACUGUCAGCCUCUUUAGGUCUCUCACAUUCACUGAUUUAUAAAGGUUCAGCAUAACUUCCUUAUCCUUGUACUUUGUCUUUUUAAAUAUAGCACAGGAUCCCUUACUUUGUCAUUGUACUCUGCUUUAAAGAUUUAAAUACACACUUCCAGGUCUCUCUCGGUUUCUGCAGUCCUUUUAAAAUUGUAUAAUUUAGUUUAUUUUGCCUUUCAUUAUUCUUCCCACCAAAAUAUAACAUUUCACAUUUUUCUGCACUACGGUAUAUUGCAUUGCCUGACAGUCUGUGUCCUUGUGAACUCUAGUAUUAGCCGCUUCAUUUUUCACUGCAAUUACGUUUGUAUUAUUUGCAAAAUUUGAAAUUAUACUCUGUAUUCCCAAGUGCAAGCCCUGAGUACAUAUCAAAAAGAGCAGUGAUCCCAACACCUAUCCCUGGGGAAUACCAGAGUAUACUGAGCCUAUGUCCUGUGAAUGAAUAAGAAAACAACAUGCCUCCAGUCUGAGAAACACCCACUCACUACAACCAUCUACUUUCUGACUUUUAGCCAGUUUCUUGUCUGUGCUGCCAGUAUUUCUUUAAAGCCAUGGCUACAAUUUUGUUAACAAGCCAAUGAUAUGGUAUUUUAUCAAGGAUCUUUUCAAUGUCCUAGGGUCAAAUAUCUCUGAUUACUGGUUCUCAGUGUCAUUUAUAUGUACUGUGUUUUUAAUGAUUCACACAGCUGUUUAUGAUGUGUGUGCUAAGGUUUAUGAAUUAAUCCCCAAAGGUUCUGUGACCUUGUUUAUAGGUGGCAGCAGACUAGUAUAGUUAGUAAGUAAGUGAUGGAGAACAUAGAUUUAUGUAGCAUUAGAUGUGUAUUCAAGUUUGAUUACUGAGCUGUACAUUUUAAUUAAUGUAGCUUAAUGUACUGUGCAGCUUUGUCAGAGUGAAGUUUGCUUUUAUGGAGGAUUAGAACUUGGAGCUCAGAAUCCCAAACAGUGAUUGUCAGGGAUCAGAUGAAAUGGAUUGCUGAUCUGACCGCGAAAAUAGAUUUAAUUAAGUGUCUGAUUUCUGCAAGUGACUACGUCAACCUGGUUUCUAUUUCUUAAAUAAACCUUAACCUGUAAAGUUAA